AUGGGCAUCAUAUCCGAGUUCAAGCAGCUAGCGAGACUGCUUGAAGUGGGUGAUGGGCAACCUAUACCACUUGCAGGGGAGAGCCAAAAGGAUUUCUUGACAGUUGUGUCAGUGCUCAAGCGCCAGGCAAAACUCAAGCCGACUUGCGAGAAGGCCCUCUUGUUGCACCAUUGGUACGACAAGUAUGACAUUCCGGCGCUGAAGCUGGAGAUUCAGGACCUCAUCGAAAAAGUUGUCCGCAAAAAGAAGGAAGAUGUUACCAUCAAGCUUCUGCUUGUCGCUGCCAGGAUGGGAAUGAAGAAAUUUGUGUGUGAAGAGAUGGUUCUUCGGAUUCUUGAUGAUGAUGCCAUCGACGAGGAGGAAUGGCGACAAGUUUAUGACACACCAUGGGUCGUGCAGGCAGCUUUUGAGUGCCUCCUCGAUCGUCGUUAG